AUGCCGAUUCUAAAUGGCGAGAAAUACGCUUGUGAAUCGUGCAUCAAGGGCCAUCGCGUCAGCGGGUGCACGCACUCAGAUCGUCCACUGAAGCACAUCAACCCCAAGGGUCGUCCUGUCAAGCAGUGCGAACACUGUCAGAAGGCUCGCAAGACCAAGUCGCACCAUGCCCGCUGCGACUGUGGUACCAAGAAGGACAAAGCCAAGGCCGAAAAGGCUGCCGCCGCCGCUGCUCAAGCCAGCGCCAGCGAGAGCGAGCACGAUGCUCACGUCAACAUUGAAACGGCCCUGAGCCUUGGCGCUCCCUCGCAGGGCUGUGCCUGCCACCUGGGCGAAAAGUGUCUCUGCGGCAUGAAGAAGGACCUGGACCUCAAGUUGGACACGGGCUUCGCGAAGAACGGACAGCUCACCAAGGCGGCCAAGCCGCGUCUCACGACCGCCCACUCGGAGACGACGCUGACCGUCUUUGCCAACGGACACCACAAGCCGUGCCACCGCUUGAACAACUCUGCUCACACGUCGGGUGCUCCGUACCGGAUACCGCGCCACCACACCACGCACGGCGGCACCGUCCACAAGUCUCAUGACAAUCUCGCCGAGAUGUACAGUCGCACCAUGGACCCUGCCCGCCGGUCGGUCGAUAGCCUGAACCUGAACAAUACCGCCUUCGGCUACUUCACUCCGCAGAGCACGGCCGAGAGCGUGCCCAUGACGCCGCUUGCCGGGAGCCUGGAAAAUGACUGCUCCAUCUUUGAUCCCGCCAAGUAUGUCUAUAGCCAGCAGAGCGCAUUGAGCAAAAUGGUCGGAGAUGCCCCCGAACACCACGGCCUGCCCAUGUCGGAAAGUAUGCCGGUGCACACGUAUUCCUGGAUGAACGGCGGCAUGUACGCCCCUGCCCCACAGUACGGUGUGGAGAGCAUAUCCACGUCUCCUACUGGCGAUCUUACCCCGGAUUUUGACUACAAUAUUCCUUCGGCUGCUGCGGACAUGACGUCCAACCCGUACCCCUGGUCUGCUGGCGAUCUUCCCCUGGAUCCGAACAAGCUCUCGGACUCGCUGCAGCCCGUCUCGCACAGCGGUGAAUCGAAUCGACAGAGUGUUCCGGGCAUGACCACCUCGUCUUCCGGUGCACAAUCCGAGGUUGGUGAACCUGCUCUGUUUGGCGACAUGGACUUGAACAAGAUGCAGCAAGACCCUUCUGUCAGCGAUCGGCAACUGAUAAACGAUCCCUUCCAGAUGCGGGAUCCUCAAUCUUACCGCCUCAGCUCAGCCUCGCUCAGUCAGCAGGAUGUUCGCCCGCAGAUGCCGACGUCGGUGCCGGCAAAUGAGCCUCGCCAGAACUUGGACUUGGACUUCAUGCAGAGCUCGCAGGACAUGGCCCAGCCGGCCGCCGUUUUCGGCACGACUGCGCUCGACAGCCAGCCCAUGUUCCAGACGUCGGCGGCGGCGGCUUCGUCGGGCUUCUCGGACGCGGCUUUCACUGCCCCCGAUUUUAGCGCGCCCAUGAAUGCUCCUCAGGCCGGCCUCGACACGAGCGCUCCUGCGAAUCCGCAGGGCGCGGACUGGUACAAUAUCCUGGGCACCGGCAUGGGGGUGAACGCAUUUUCGGUCCCCGUAGAAACUAUGAAUAACCAGAACGCCGAGUUCCCGACAUGGUUAUAA